AUGUCAGGUUUUGCAAGCUUCGCACAGAACAGUAAAUCUAUGAGGGGGAGGAAUAAUAGUAUAAGGACGCAUAAGGAAGGGCUGGCUGGGCUACUUUCCCCAAGAGUUGGGGAUCCACCAGCUCUUCUAUACGAUCCUUCUCCUUCUUUGGAACAACCAUUGUAUGAGAGAAGUCUUAUCCGUAUGGUAUGUAGCCACUAUCGGUCUAGUGUAGCGUGUCUCUCUUCACGGGAUCCUCUGCCCUGUACAGAGCUGAUCACCCAAUCACAGCCGUCUUGUGCUUGCAAGUCUCGAUUGCCCUCAAAGCGUAGCCUUUGCUACCUCGGUCUGGAAUCUAAUCUAAGGAUCUUUCUCAGUACCGCUGACGGUGGCGUAGGAAAGACUGCUCAAGAGACACACUGGAUCCCGACUCUGCGUUGGUCCCUACUUCCGAUGUCCCCGGCUGUAUCGAGUCCCGUGGAUCUUGCAUUCGUUCUGAGCGUGGAAAUCUUCUUUGCUUUCUUUAAGUUCCUUUCUGUCCAUGCUUGGGGUUCCGGAUCUAUAUCUAUCACCAUUGGCCUUUGCUUGAGCCCUUCGGUUAUCAUUCCACGUGAGGAAACCCGGGAAAAGCUUAACCUCAGCGUACCAAGGUCUGGGGCUGAAUCCGAUCCAAAAGAAAAAGAGCUUGAAUUCACUAGCCAAGUGAGAAAUUCUCUGAUUCUGACUGAGAUCUUUGUCCUACUUCUCACCCGGCUAGCUGCUGAAUUCAAGCCGCCCAUUUGGAGGAUAAUCGUAUCGGCCCUUCCAGCAGCCCGUCGAGCAGUCGAAGUAGUGGAUUCUGUUCAAUCGGCUAAGAGGCAAGAACCCCCUGAUCUGAUGGGGGGAAUUCCUAUGAAAGAGGCUCACUUGGAAGGAGCGAUAUCUAGCAAGUCUUCCGUGAGUGAAUGGUCUCAUCCAGUUCACGAUCCGUAUGUAGGUAUGUCCAGCGGUCCAGCCAGCGUAGGCUACUCUUUUUCUGUUAGUCCAUCCAGUCGGUCAGUUGAUAGUUUGAUCGAGGGCAUGAAGGCUAAGGAUGUCCCGUCUAGUGGGAGAAGUGGUCCAAAGCGAGAGUCUUUCGGGAUGGUCUUGGGCUUUGGGAAGAUGCUGGGCCCGACUAUGAGCCUGUCGACGUAUGGAAUCCUCCAAGACAUGACUUUGUAUGCCAUGGCACUGAGACACAGGAAGUGGGUUCUGUUACCAUCAAAAUAUGGAACUGAAGGAGUUGCCGAGCUGACUCAAGGAAGAAAAGAUAAAUCGUUUGCCCUAACGCCAACGAGGGUGGCGAAAGUGGGUAGGGGACCUACGGCGGAACUUCAUUCAAUAGACAUGUCCGUAAUAAUUGAAAAGAGAGCGGGGCAUAGACUAUUUACCGGAGACGAAAGACCAGCGGAAGGGCAUGAGUCGCCGAGGAAGAGCGUAGAUCAAAGCAAAGUAUCCCGUCCCUCCCUUCUCUUUAGCUUAGUUCUAGAACGUGGUUUUGAGGGGGGCGGAUUGAAAGAAGUAGUUCCUUCUCGGCUUCAGAAGGACCGAAGGUUGCACUACGUUCAGGGAUUGGUCUUCCUGUUCUUUAUCAGCCGCUAA